AUGCUGUGGUGGCUUCUGGUCUUCUCUGCUCUGGGACUCCAGGCCUGGGAUGCUCCCACCAUAGUCUCCCGCAAGGAGUGGGGGGUGAGACCCCUCACCUGCAGGGCCCCGCUGACCCUGCCUGUGGCCUACGUUAUAAUGGACCAGCUCACAGGGAUGGAGUGUCAGGAGCAGAACAUUUGCAGCCAGGUGCUGCGGGGCCUACAGUCCCAUUCUGUCCACACCGAAGGCUGGUGCGACGUGGCAUACAACUUCUUGGUUGGGGAUGAUGGCAGAGUCUAUGAAGGUGUUGGCUGGAACGUCCAAGGCUUGCACAGCCAGGGCUACAACAACGUGUCCCUGGGUAUCGCCUUCUUUGGCAGUAAGAUAGGCAGCAGUCCCAGCCCUGCUGCCUUAUCAGCUGCAGAGGGCCUAAUCUCCUAUGCCAUCCAGAAGGGUCACCUGUCACCCCGAUAUAUUCAGCCACUUCUCUUGAAAGAAGAAAUCUGCCUGGACCCUCAACAUCCAGUGAUGCCCAGGAAAGCCUGCCCCAACAUCAUCACACGAUCUUCUUGGGAAGCCAGAGAGACACACUGCCCUAAAAUGGGCCUCCCAGCCAAAUACGUCAUUAUCAUCCACACCGCUGGGGUAACCUGCAAUGUAUCUGUGGACUGCCUGAAUGAAGUCCGAGAAAUACAGUCCCUUCACAUGGACAUACGGAACUUUUGUGACAUCGGAUAUCACUUCCUGGUGGGCCAGGAUGGUGGCGUAUAUGAAGGACUCGGCUGGCAUAUCCAAGGCGCACACACCUAUGGAUACAAUGAUAUUGCCCUAGGAAUUGCCUUCAUGGGCAACUUUGUAGAAAAGCCUCCGAAUGCCGAGUCGCUGGAGGCAGCCCAGGACCUGAUCCAGUGUGCUGUGGUCGAGGGCUACCUGACUCCCAACUACCUGCUGGUGGGCCACAGUGAUGUGGCCAACAUUCUGUCCCCUGGGCAGGCUUUGUACAACAUCAUCCGCACCUGGCCUCAUUUCAAACCCUGA